CUGUAUUCAAGCACGUUUAUUUUUAUGCAAUCGCAUUUGCAAAAACAAAGUACGGCGUGUUUGUUCGUUGGUAAAACAAAUCAAUUAUCCAUUUAUUAUUGUGUUAAAGUGGAUACCGUGUUAAAUUUAAGAACGGCGCCCUUGGUAUUCCUGAUCACUAACUUACUGACAUGGGCAGUCCCAGUUUUGGGAACUUUGGUCCAUUAAUUGGUGUGGUCUACGUGAGCAGUACACAUUGCCGAUUCCUAAUUUAUUCAACUAAAAAUGCGGAAGUUUUGACAUUUCAUGAAUUGAAAUUACGGCAAAUUGUUCACAAUGCUGGCUGGUUAGAAUACGAUCCUAUGGAAAUAUGGAAGAGUACGCAAGAAUGCAUUGAAACUGCAUACAAGAAUCUUAUCAUUUUGGAAAUCAAUCCGUAUGACUUAGUAGCAAUAAGUAUUUGCAGUCAGCGUGGAACAACGUUUUUAUGGGACAAAGAUACGGGAAACCCGCUAUGUAAUGCUGUUGGUUGGAACGACUGUCGAACAUCGUCUAUUUUGAAGACAGUUCUUGAUAAUGUAAAUUACGAUGUAGAUUACUUGCGGCACAAAACGGGACUACCACUAAGUACUUGUUUUAGCGCCCUUAAGAUCAGAUGGCUUCAGGAAAACAUUCCGGCUGUAUCUGAAGCAUUAGAAGACGGUACGUGCCUCUUUGGCACACUCGAUUCAUGGAUACUAUGGAAUCUUACUGGAUCCAAUAUAAGUGGAGUGCAUAUGACCGAUAUUACCAAUGCAGGUUACACAAGUCUGAUGAACAUACAUACUCACCAAUGGGAUGCUAAGAUAUGCCAAUUCUUUCGUAUUCCGAUGGAAAUACUGCCGCGUAUUCGUUCAAAUUCUGAAUUAUAUGGUUACGUAAUAGGAGGUUCACUAAACGGCCUUCCUAUAGCAGCGUGCAUUGGCGACCAAUCUGCAGCCCUGUUAGGACAGCUACAAACAAAAGUUGGUCAAAAUGCUUGCAUAAUCGAUGACAGUUGUUUUGUGCUGCUCAACACGGGCGAAGAAUUGAUACAUUCAUCCAAUGGAUUACUGUCGAUGGUGGCGUAUAAAUUAGGUCCAAAAGUUCCUGCUUACUAUUCAUUAGAAGGUGCUAUUUCUAAUGCCGGUGCUACAGUCGGUUGGCUUAAACAAGGAUUACGCAUAAGCACUGAAAUCAAUGCUAACGAUAAUGCUGUUGAAGUUCUCAACACAUUUUUGGGAGAAAGCUCUAUGAUUUCAUCUUCUUGUUCGUCAGGUAUGCUGAAUGCUGAUUGUGGAUUGGCGGCAAAACGUUCAGAGAUAACAUUUGUACCUGCUUUUCAUGGAUUAUAUGCGCCAUAUUGGCGUUAUGAUGCAAGAGGGGUCUUACUAGGCCUAACUAGUCAAACCACAGCUGAAAAUGUUACCCAAGCUGCUUAUGAAGCCACUGGUUUCCAAAUACACGAAGUAUUAGCUGCAUUUAAACGUGACACACCCACAUGGAAUCGGAAAAGCUACAAAGAACGUAUUAUAUUUUGUGGCGACUAUGCAGAGAAUAAUGCUUUCGUCCAAUACAUAGCAGACAUUGUCGGUUGUUUGCUGGAAAGACCUCAGACAACAUCACCGGCAUGUUUGGGAGCAAUGAUAUGUGCUGGCAUAACAAUGAAUGUAGUAUCUUUGCUGCAGGCAGAAGUAAUGUAUCCACCACCGGUGGAUGCAUUUAGUCCAACAACCACUGCAAACCGGCGAGAGCAACUGUAUAAACGAUGGAAUUAUGCAGUGCGAAAAUGUUUAAAUUGGAAUAACUUCGCUACUUAUGAGGAGGAUUUGGAACUUUUUGCCCAACGUGACAGUGAUCCCAAUCUACCAAUACGACGGUCGCUACCCGGUAGCAUAUAUAUAACUAGUUCGUUUCUGCUUUUGCUUGUAGCAAAAUUUUUGCAAGGUCGUAACAUUACAUAGACAAAAUGUAUGUAAAGAGAUAAAAAAAAGUGUUUAAUAAGAUUAAUAUAUUCCUAUUGUUAAUGGUUUUAUGAUGUUGCACUA